UCCCCGGUUUGUGGUGGACUGUACGGACUUAUAGCGUCAUCAUGGAUCCAGCCCAGGGCCCGCAGCCGGUGCAGCUCUACGUGUACGACCUCUCCCGGGGCCUGGCCCGCCGCCUGAGCCCUGUCAUGCUCGGCAAACAGCUGGAAGGCAUCUGGCACACCUCUGUUAUUGUUUUUAAAGAAGAAUUCUUCUAUGGUGGAGGAGGUAUCACUAGCUGUGUGCCGGGGGGCACCAUGCUGGGCGAACCAGACAACGUAAUAGACCUGGGUACAACUGAAGUGACCGAGGAGAUCUUUCUUGAGUACCUGUCAUCUCUGGGAGAAUCUGGCUUCAGUGGGGAGUCCUAUCAUCUAUUCGAUCACAACUGCAAUACAUUUAGCAAUGAAGUCGCUCAGUUUCUGACUGGGAGGAAGAUUCCUUCAUACAUUACAGAGCUGCCAUCCGAGGUCCUGUCCACACCUUUCGGACAAGCCCUCCGUCCUCUUCUGGAUUCUGUUCAGAUUCAGCCACCAGGGGGAAACAGUUUUAACAGGCAAAAUGGACCAAGCUAACCAAGAUGCGCUCCUCUCGAAUGUGGGCAGUGCCCCGCUUUUUAACUUAAUAUACUUUUAUUAUCUA